ACCUCAAUUGCUGCGAACAGGUCCGCCCUGAAAGACUUCAUUGCGUCCAUCGCGACGAUAUCUGGCGAUCUUUCCAACAUCACAGCUCCUCCUUUCGUCUUGGCUGAGAAUUCUACUGUCGAGAUUCCACAAUACUGGUGCGACCAUGCGCAUCUUUUUGUCCGUCAAGCUUGGGGCGAAACCGAGGAGCAAAGGGCUCUCAACGUCCUGGAGUCGUUCAUGGGCGCUCUUCGCAAUCAGCAAUAUGCUGGAAGAGACGAGUCAGAGGGAAUUAAAAAGCCUCUGAACGCCUUCUUGGGCGAAUUGUUCAUGGGAAAGUGGGAGGAUGGUGAGCUCGGACAGACUCGACUCGUGUCUGAGCAGGUCAGCCACCACCCGCCAAUCACAGCGUGCUAUAUCUGGAACGAUAAGCACGGUGUGCGCGCAGAGGGCUUCACCGAACAAGAAAUCACAUUCUCUGGGAAUGUCAGCAUUAAGCAAAAAGGCUAUGCCAUGCUGCAUAUUGACAAGUACGACGAGGACUACUUGAUGCCGGUUCCCAAUGUCAAGGUCAAAGGCAUCCUAGGUGGCAAACCAUACCCGGAAUUACAAGGCAGUUACUCACUCAUCUCGUCAACUGGCUAUGUGUCGCAAAUCAAGUUCGAAGGCAAGUCAUUCUUUGGCGGUGGGCUAAGGAACGGCUUCCAGGCAAAAAUGUUCCACGUCGAUCGCCCGGAAGAGAUAUUGUACGAAGCCAAAGGAGCAUGGAACGGCGAGUCUACAUUCGAAGAUGCGCGAACAGGAAAGGCAGUCGAAAAGAUGGACUUUGCGACGCUCAAGACAUUACCCCUGCAGAUCGACGACAUAGCUAAGCAAGACCCCUGGGAGUCGCGAAGAGCAUGGGGCGAUGUUAUUGCAGCGCUCAGGCGAGGGGAUAUGAAGGCAGCUGCCGAUGCCAAGUCAAUAGUCGAGCAGGGCCAGCGACAGAUGAGGAAGGAUGAGGCUGCCAAUGGGACGGCCUGGAAGAACCGCUUCUUCAAGACAGUCGAACGCGACGAGGUCUUCGAUAGAUUAUCAAAACACGACCCGAGCUCCUUUAGGAUUGAUCGUCAGGGUGGUAUCUGGAAAAUCGACAAGGAGGCAGUCAACACCGCACAGAAGCCAUAUCACGGAGAGUUGCUGCCGACGAACGAGCGAACGGGAGCGUCCGGAAAA